AUCAAAACUCACGACCGGCCACGCCUAAUUAAAAAUGGGAUUGUGCAAGUGUCCAAAAAAAAGAGUUACAAAUCUUUUCUGCUUUGUCCACAGGGUCAAUGUGUGUGAGGACUGUAUGAUCAGACAGCACUCAAGAUGUAUAGUUCAUUCAUAUCUCCAGUGGCUUCAGGAUAGUGAUUAUGAAUCUGUUUGUCUUCUUUGUGCGAAGUCACUAGACUAUGGAGAUGUUGUUCGGCUCUGUUGUCAUGAUUUGUUUCAUGUGUCCUGCCUUGAUGGAUAUGUUCAAUCAGCUACUGGUCAUUCUAAAAGUUACCUUCCAUCUGAACUGAAGUGCCCCCAGUGCAAAGAUUGCUUAUUUCCUUCCAGUCAUGUUGUUUCACCAAUAGCUGAUCAACUGAGGUUAAUAUUAAAAAACUAUUGGUGGGGGAGAGAAGGUCUAGGUCUUGAAACUGAAAUGGGUGAAGUUACUUUUGAAGAUGAUGAAAUAUUGACAACUGGAGAAGGUCUCUCAACAGCACUUGAUAAUCAAGUAACCAGCACUCCUUUAUCUAAUUUUCAGACAUCGCGUGAUAAUCACGUCACAUUGGAGCUUUUUGAGCAGCCUCUGAAUAGAGGAGCUGAGCGACACAAUCCAGUUCCUAUACCUAGUAGUGACUAUUUAGAUGAAGAUAAGUACAAACGGAAAAAUCCUAUUAUUGGAAUGAAGCAUUGGUUCAGGUCACAGCAGUUCAGCAAGUUAUCAUUAGAUGAUUCAAAUGUCACAGUUAAAAGAAACCUUAUUAUUUUCCUGAUAGUGUGCAUGGCAGUAAUGACAUUAAUAGUAUUUAUGACUAGAGUUAGUAGCAGGAGAGACCCUAGUCAGAACUUAGACUGGAAAAUAAACCCUAAUAUAAGGACAGGUCAAUAAUUUUAAUUUUACAUUAUAAGUAACUAAACAGUGGCAUCUUUACAUUGUACACAAUGUAUAUCUAUAGCAAUUUUCAAUAUGAAACUUAUUUCAAUUGUU